AUUAGUAACAUCACACCCCCUUAACCAGUCACGUGUUGCAUGAAGGUAAAAUCUUAUCGCACAGAAGCUCAACAACCAUGCAGAUUGGUCAUCUCUUGUUGUCCGUGUUCUUGCUGUUUCUGGUCAGCGAUCUUCACGCGGACGUCGGGGACGAUGUACAAGAAGUAUCUGACGCUGUGAAGACCGGAAUCGACGCAGCCAAUGUCAUUACUGACAUCGUAUCUGGUGUUAAGAUCCUUUCCAAAUUCACAAAAAUCAUGAGAGCUGUUGCUCCCUAUCUGGCAGCCAUUGGUCCACUCAUGAAUCUCAUAACUCUGUUUCUUCCGAAACAAGAAGUUCCGACAUUAACUUUCUUGAAAGAGCAGUUUUCGAGGGUGGAUUCCAACUUCAGAAAUAUGGAGAGGCUUUUCGGGGAAGUUACAAAUCUAAUAAAAUCAAAAGGAAUCAAAUCACAGUUUUCAGCUAUCGAACAAAAUGUCAAUGCGUUGUCAUACCGCCUUCGUAUGUUAAUGAAAGCUCCGAAAGAAGCCAUUAAGGGUCAGAAGUCUCGAUUUAUCUCGUCAUUUAAGGCCAGUUAUCAAAAUGCAGCGAAAAAAAUAUAUGAUGGUAUAAUGAAAAAUCAAUCUUUUACGGACAAUAUCCCGAAAGAAGCGAUGCAAUAUACAAAUCAUGAUCGGAAGAAAAUGCAGAAGGUAAUGGCCAGAUGUUUUGGACUCCUUGUUACGGCUGUGAAAGUCAACUUAGCUUUUCUGAAAUUGAUCAAUAGAAAGGCCAGUUAUAAAAUGGAAAAAAAUUACUGGGAGAAAGGCAUCAAGGAAGUUCUAGAGAAAGUGAAAAGUGUAGAUGCGGAAGUCACUGAUGCAUGGAAAGACCAGAGGUUUAGAGAUUUAAAAGAUCUUUCUGCACAAUACAAAGAUGAUGGUAACAAAGAAUUUGCAGACCGACUGUAUGAAUUUUAUUCAGAAAAAUAUUACUGGAGAGACUGGGUCGUCAUUGUAUACAACAAAAUGGCCAAAUCCUGGACUGGGAAAAACGGACAUGACUUUCGUCUUUGUGGAGGGGACGACUAUUUAGACAUGGACGGCAGAAAUGUGUUAACAUCGAGCGUAGCAAAGGACAAGAGGAAGAUAAAUACUACCUACUAUAAAAAGAAAUUAAGUGAAGUUAAAACGGAAACUGUGGCUUUGAUUCAUUAUGCCUGGUCCGCAAAGGGUGUACUGAAGCAAAUGGCGAAGUUUAGCGGCGGGUCUGACGUAUGCAUGCGGGCCGUUAUAUCUGAUCGGGAGGCAGCACAAAGUAAAAGUGUCUCUGGUCGCUUAGAUAGCAAAUGGAAGUACUUUUAUAACAUGUACAUUUUCGGCUGAGAACGUACACACUAGCUAUUUACUAAUGAGUAGAUGUAUAAAUAAAAGUAGUCCAAAUGACAGUACGAAAGCUCAUUGAGUUCAGUUUUGUAGCUGAAAAAAAAAAAAUAAGCGCAAGUUUCGCAUAGCUUUAAUUUGCGUUAUAACGCGAAAAAUUUACGUUAUAAAGCGAAGAUUUUGUAUAUGCAUAUCUCUUGAUAUAAUUUGACUGCUUUAUGUAAGAUCAUCUUAUUGACCUUGAAUUCCGUAGUACUUAAAUUUUGGAACAUACA